UAAGGCAGGCUUUACAGUGAGUCAAACACUCUCAAAGGCAGACUACAGACAGUCUCCACGGCACUAAGAUAUGGGCUUACUGUGACUAAGAUCCUUUCUCAUAAAACAGCAAACAAAAAGACAAAAAAUAAAGUUAAACUGAGAGAGAGAGAAAGUAAGAGACUUUUCUAGGGCGAUGGAAAACUGAUCGUGACCAAGACUUUGUAACUUUUGUGUGGAAGGAAAAGAGGAGCAAGAACAAGCCUGAGGAUACUACAGAUUACGUUACCAUGGAAACCUGGAAGCGGACGCAAGGACCACUGAAGGUGGACAACCUCCCUUAACUGCAUCCUCGACACGUUACUGUCCCGCUGCGCCCUGUGGUGAGAGAAUGCUGUGGAGAAUAACUAUCCCAGUCAUCCUGGCUGGGGUGCUCUGCAUCACAGCAGAGACCAAAAAGCACCGGCCCCAGGGAUCCAUCCCAUCCCCAUACAAAACCAAAGGAAACCUGUCCUCAGAGCGUCACCACCGGCUACUGCAGCAGAAACCAGAGGUGCUGUCCUCCAGCAGGGAGGCCUUGGUGGUGACAGAGCGCCGCUACCUCCGCAGAGACUGGUGCAAGACCCAACCCCUCCGCCAGACAAUCAGUGAAGAGGGCUGCCGCAGCCGCACUGUGGUCAACCGUUUUUGCUACGGCCAGUGCAACUCCUUCUACAUCCCCCGCCAUAUGGGCCCCAGCUCAGGUCAGGGCCAGAAUCGAGGCCAAGCCUCAGGCUCUGGAAGGAAAAGCCACAACAAGGCCCAGGAGCCGUUCCAGUCCUGCUCCUUCUGCAGGCCACACCGCAUCACACAGCUCACAGUGCAGCUGGACUGCCCCGACCUUCAGCCGCCUUUCAGACACCGUAAGGUGCAGAGGGUCAAACAGUGUCGCUGCAUGUCUGUGGAUGUGAGUGGCCAUGGGAAACUGUGAGCAGGGACUUGAAAGAUGAAACAUUAGAGAAAAAGGCAGAACUUCACAUACUUUGCCAAACAAGGACUGGCUUCAAGCUGAAGUAUCCUGCCUCCUGUUGUACAAAUAAUGGCUUGUCCCACAAUAUAAUGACAUGAAACAUGGAACUGGUAUUAUUAAACAAAGGCUCAACAAUGAUUUAAUCAGAAACUAGCAGCCAUGUUGGCAAGCUGAUGCUGUUGAAAAAGAGACUGAUUCAAGUGGCUGCACAAGAGACACUGAUGCUGAAGCAGCCAAUUUUCAACAACAUUAAACAAGCCUCUGUUUUGUCAAAAAGUUUAUAUCCACCUGGCUAUUUGUACAUUUGUCACUUGAUUCCUUUUUGAAAAAGGAGUCAAAAAAGUGCCUCAGAGUUUUAAAAUUACCGAGCAUUAUAAAUACAGCUGAUAACUCAGCAUCUUAAAGAAACCGUAGAAAUAUUUUGACCCCUUUAAAAAGUUUCUAUGAUGACAUGUUUUUCGUCAGGUGGAUCCACAGUAAUUAUUACACAGUUUGCCAGCAAUGUUUUAACCUGUAGAUGUUGGUGUUUUAUAACUCUUGUGUCUGAUGUCCUGCAUCUUUUCCUUAACUUCUAUAAGGUCUCAAAAGACACACACGCUGAUGUCAAGGAAAAAAUUUCAAGCAUCAUCAAGCAACACACAAAUGACCAGUGGCAUCCACCUGCUCAGACACAAGCCUGGCUGUAUACGUUUGCCACAAAUAUACUAGCCAGUAGGAAAAAACAUACUGGAGCAUGUGUAAUGGAGGUGCAAUGCAGUAUAUACAGUAUAUAUAUAUAUAUUAUGUAUGUGUGUAAGAA